UUUUGAGUAAUAAUUAUGUUAUAUACUUAAAUAAAAUUAAACAAUGUAUUUAUUUUAUUUUAGCUAUACCUUUAAGAAUAAAAGCUAUUCGUGAAAAUAGAACCGAAUCACUUAAACAUUGGAAAGUUCAAGCUAUAAAAAUGAAGCAAGCUUCUGAGAAUAGUUUUUGUCCCGGCGAAGUUGGUCAGUCAGUAACGGUUAAAAUUCCAGACGUUGAUAGGGCCCGUAGUGAUUUUAGAAACAUUAUUGGAGUUAUUCUUUCAGGCCGCCUUUUAACUCUGUACAGUAGAAAUCAAUUUGUAAUUUGCAAAGAAAGAUUUCUGGAAGUUGAUGAUGUGCCGCAUACCAAAAUUUCACACCGAGAGACAGCACGGAAAUCUUCAAAUUUGGGUGGUCAGGGCUACGGUCGAUGUACAUGUGUACAAAAAUGUAAAACACUGAAGUGCAAAUGUACAGCAGCGGAGCGGCUAUGUUCAUCAAAAUGUCACGGAAGCAGUACAUGCGACAAUAAGUGAUAAUAAAAUUAAAAAACUUAUUAUAUUUUCUAAUAAUAUGUCAAUAUUCAUUAAAUCAUAUCAUCCGUUUUCUAUAAUGCCCAAAAUUUAUACUUUGCCAGUAACAUAUAUAUGAAUUAAAGGCCACAAAAUAAAAAACUAAUAAAAAAUUAUUUCGAUGGAAACACUAUUUAAAUCACUUCAACGACGAUUGCCGUUUCAGUGACGCUGACAUCCAACAGUUUCAAUCGUAACAUGUAAUGGUUUGGCUUGUCGGGUAAAGGAGGCCGGGAAAAAAAAUCCGCGUAUUAUAAACGCUAUUGAAACUGGGUUCAUGACAAUAAUUUCCGUACUAUCGCGCCGUCGUUGGUCGCUGUACACUAUCAU